GGUCACGUGACUGAGGUAUUUGAGUCGACGUCACAGAACCAAAGCUGCGACCGAGUGGCGAAGCUCGGCGCUCCGUGAUUAAAACUCCCAGCAUCAGCAGCGGCAGCUCCAAUUGACCCUUCCCGCAGCCAUUGUUCCCGCCGCCGCCGCCGCCGCCGCCGCCGGUGGCCUCACGUUCGCUGUAGCCGCAGCGCGCGCGCGCCGCAGUGAUGUAACGAGAACUAGAAACGCUCGCGACCGUUUUAACUCAAAGUGAAGCCCAAACUGGUGUAAAACUGCGACAUAAAACAUUAGAAGAAACCUCUUCCAGCUCCACAUUUUGCUCCACUUUCAGGGUGUGGAGGUGGGAGACUCAUGGAGAAGUCUGGGUCUUUAGAGGGAGUGGCGCCCGAGGAGAGGAAAAGCCUCGUGGAGGCUGGUGGAGUUCCUCAAGGCGCAGAAGGCGGAGAAAUCAAUUCUCAGAGCCAGAGGAAGCGCAGCUCUUCUCGCAAGAGUUUUCGUCUGGAUUAUCGCCUGGAGGAGGAAGUGACUAAAUCAGCCCAGGACAAACACGGUCGCUGGAUUAACCCCUGGCCAACAUGGCGCUUCCCCUCCCACUCCAUGCUGUUGAGGUUCCUGCUUUGGGACAAAAAUCACUCUGACGUGCCAACGAGUAAAGAAGCCCUGGAUUGUGCGCUCCCGGUGAUGGAGCCGUACUUCGUUAGAAACCCACAACCUUCUGACUCCCUUCCAGGAAUGAGAGUCACCUGGCUGGGCCACGCAACUGUUCUGGUUGAAAUGGAUGGGCUGAAUAUUCUGACAGAUCCAGUCUUCAGCCAGAGAGCUUCUCCGCUCCAGUUCAUGGGGCCCAAACGCUACAGGGGACCCCCCUGCACUGUGGAACAGCUGCCGAGGAUUGAUGCGGUGGUCAUCAGUCAUUCUCAUUAUGAUCAUCUGGAUGUGGGCUCUGUGGUCAGUCUCAACGCGCGCUUCGGAGGGGAUCUACGCUGGUUCGUGCCCCUGGGUUUGAUGGACUGGCUGGCAAAGUCGGGCUGUGAGAAUGUGAUCGAGCUGGACUGGUGGGAGGAGAACUGUGUCCCCGGUCACGACCAGGUCACGUUUGUAUGCACCCCCUCGCAGCACUGGAGCAAGCGCACACCGUGGGACGAUAACAAGUCUUUAUGGAGCAGCUGGUCUGUUCUGGGCCCUGACCAUCGAUUCUUUUUUGCUGGCGAUACCGGCUACUGUUCGUCCUUCCAGGAGAUUGGACGGCGUUUUGGACCGUUUGAUCUCGCUGCGAUCCCUAUCGGAGCAUACAAGCCCAGGGAUGUGAUGCAGGGACAGCACGUGGAUCCAGUGGAGGCCGUUGAAAUUCAUCAGGACGUCCAGGCCAAACAGUCGGUAGCGAUUCACUGGGGAACGUUCGCCCUGGCCUAUGAGUACUACCUGGAGCCACCGGUUCUUCUCAGAGAAGCCCUGGAACGCAAAGGGCUGAAACCCGAGUCUUUCUUCACUCUGAAUCACGGGGAGUCUCGGCUUAUAGCGGCGGACGAGGGAGACGUGUUCGACUGACGCCUCCACGUCAGUGUGAGCGGACUCUAGAAAGCACACAAAGAAUGUUUACCACAUCCAAAAGGAAUUAUUUACGAUUGUACUCAAGAACUCAACUUAAAUAAAUUAUAAUCCUCAGAA